AUGUUUCAACAACAACAACAAGAGCAGAGUUAUUUACAACCGCAUAAUUUUCACAAUUGCAAUGCCUCAUUCAACGAAUCUAUGUUUUUCAACCCAGAGACGGCUCAAGAAAUUUGUCCUGGUAUUUGGUUGGGUCCAUAUACUUCGUUAUUAACUACACCUCAAGCAACAACAAACUUACAAUAUGCACCUCCACCCCAAACUCAAACCCACCUAGGGGGCGGAGGAUACAGUUUCAUCUCAAACAACAAUAUCAAGAUUAUCAUCAAUUGUGGAUCAACUUUGAAAUUUCUUGACUUGAUUGAAAACUCACCUCAUAUUUCCAUAUCAUCGGAUGUUUUAGUUUUAAGUUUAGAUCCAUCGUUUGAUUUAUCCACAACAGCAACAACAACUACUUCAUCACCAUACUCCAAUAGUGAACUCGUUCAACUGUUUACUCGUGACUAUAGCAAGAUUUUACAGAAUUAUAUGAAUUCAUUUUAUUUCAAUAACCCAAAUGCCAACAACUUGAUUCACAAUUUACCCCAGAAUCAUAAUUUAACUAUCGAAUCGCCCAUUUUAAAUGGAUCCAAUUUGAAAUUACAAUUUUUUAAAUUGAUUCGGUUAAUUUCAUUAUUCAAAUUGAUUAAUUUUGAUUUACAAUGUUUAUUUGUGUCGGAGGACGGUAAUGGAUCAUUAUCUACUGGAUUAACUAUUGCUUAUUUGAUGGAUUGUUAUCGAUAUAACUUUCAAAAUUCCUUUAAUUUGAUUCUUGAACGACGUCCGACUAUUCGCAAUUUACAAUUGAAUUAUUAUGAUGAUUUAUUAAUUAUCGAGAAUUUGAAAAAGUUUUAUGGAGAAAAUAUUGAAUUAAAAGGGAGGAAUCCCAAUUUGUUAAUGAAUGGGGUUAAGCGGACUCUGGGUGGUGGUGGUGAAGAUGGAGCUGCUGUUGAGGGUGAGAAUAGAAGGGGAGGUGAUCCAAGAGAUGAAAUUAUGGUUGGUGGGGAUAGAAAAAGAAAACUACACUAA